UGUUAUCGCGUGGCUUCCCUAACCGAUGCUUGCAAAUAUUUAGCCUAAUGUAUUGUGUUGACCUAUGUAUUCAUGGCAUAAUGUGAACUUCCGUGAUACACCAAGCUUUGUUGUAAGGGACGCUGCGUUGCAGCCUACACAGAACUUUGUUAUCAAACCCAUUUAUUUUAACCCCUCGGAAGGUCUACACCUAAUCAAUAGAUCGGUUAUGAAUAGACUGUAGGAUUUUCUUUCGUUCCGUUCAAGAAUAAUAGGCCUAUUUCAUUUGAAAAUCCCGAAGUCGGACGGACGGUUGAUUGUCACAUGAGCUCCUGGUAUAUGAUCACAAGCUUAUGAUGGAGUGUUAUGUGAGCAGCAAAACGACCUUGCUGAUUUUGUAGUAAAGUUGAGGCAAUAUAAGCACAGGACAGGGUACAUAUCAACUUCUAUUCUGUUGUGUCAUGCUGAAAGAAAUGCAGUCCGCCGUGAAACAGAAUUUUCACCAGGAGAGUGAGGCGAACAUCAACAAACUCGUCAACACUAAGCUGACUGCAUCCUAUACAUACCUUGCACUGGGAAUGUACUUUGACAGGGAUGAUGUGGCUCUUCCCAACUUCUCUAGUUUCUUCCUUGAUCGCUCUGUGAAGGAGAGGGAACAGGCAGAGAGUCUGCUUGAGUUCCAGAACAGCAGGGGAGGCAGAAUCUUACUGCAGCCUAUUGCUAAGCCUACUCGUGAGGAUUGGCGUGGUGGUUUGGAUGCAAUCACUUUUUCUUUGGAAUAUCAGAAGGCCUUAAACAACUCCCUCCUCGACGUCCAUCGCAUUGCCAGCACUAACAGUGAUCCCCAUCUGUGUGACUACCUGGAGAGCCACUUCCUGACAGACAGCCACGACACCAUCAAGAAGCUGGGUGACUACAUUGGCAGCCUGACCCGCCUCACAUCCAGCGAGCCACACGGCAAUAUGGGAGAAUACCUGUUCGAUAAGCACACUCUGUGAACAACAACAUCUAAAGUGCCACUUGAGCCGUUCAACUCCAGGAAUACAGUGGUACACAACAACCUUUUUAUGUAGCGUGUGCAUGUGUGCUGCUUUACAUUUUAAGGCAUUUUGAGGAGUGGAGGUCUUGGCUCUAAUGCUUAUUGUUUUAAUAUGAUGUAAAACCGCAUGCAUGCACACUAUCUCCUCUGCAGUGAAGUUAGUUCUCUUGCCAUAGAAUAAUGACCGCCAUACCUCAGUACACACCUUGGCACAAACCUGAAUCUUUUCCAGUGCAAUACCUCAAGCUCAAACACAGAUAGUUUCUCAUAGUUUUUAGUACUAGAGUAGUUACCAGCGUAUGUUAAAGAUAGAUCAAGCAUUUCAGCAGGGUGUUUUUUGUAAUUCCUACUUUUCACCUUGACCGUAAACUCUCCGUUACUUGGUUACACAUUCCCUAAUGUACACAGCUCUGUACAUCCUAUUUUUAUUGCCCUUUGGAACAUGACAUUGAUUAACAAGAAUAAAGUACAGUGAAACAAAA